UUAGCAACACUGGGUUCGGACACCGUGCCGGUGAUCCGCACGCUUCUCGGAGUCCUUUCAACGGCUAUAUUUCCGACCGGGAAAAUAUAGCCGUUAUCCUUUUCAAACCUUUGAAAAAAUUAUCAAUAAAAGCCCAAACCCUAGCCCCCAGCUCGAACGUUAUAUAAAUCCCAUCACUCAUCCAUUCCAUUCAUUCUUCGCUCGAUCAAACGCUCUCUGGAUCUCUCUCUCGCUCACUCUCUUCUCUGCCAGCCAACGCGCGAAGGGGGAGAAACCGUGCUCGCUCUCUCGGCAACGAUCUCGAUCAAUCUACGAUUAUUUCUCUUUAUACUAAUCAUCUGAUUUUGUUUAUUUCUUGCGAUUUUUUUUGUUUAGAUUUUGCUAAUUUUUCGUUUUUUGCAGGGUUUUGGUUAGAUUUUUUUUUUUGUUCGUAUAAUUUAUUUUAAAAUUUUAUUUUUUUCGGCUUUUGGAGUUCUUGUUUUCUUUUCUGACCAAAUGGAUGCAGGAUUUUUCUCGUCAUCGGAGAAGGUAAGGUCUAGGUCGCGCCGGCCGCUUCAAGAAGUCGCCGCUCCGAAGCCAUACAUGCCCUCCAUGCGCAGCACCACUUGCUUCACGCGCAGUUCGUCUUCUCGUCAAAAUCAGAAUUGUGAUAGGUUCAUUCCAGACAGAUCAGCAAUGGAUUUUGAUCUGGCGCAUUCUCUCCUCACUGAAUCAAGGAAGGAGAAGGAGAACACAGCUGUGGCUUCUCCUUCAAAAGAGGCAUACCGGAAGCACCUUGCAGAGGCCCUGAUGCAGAACAGGACCAGAAUCCUAGCAUUCAAGAGCAAGCCACCAGCGCAGGUUGAAAGUGUAUUCCAAGAAGUUUGCUCUGAUAACACUUCUCAUCAGGCCAAGACAGCCAAGCACCGGAGAUAUAUUCCACAAUCUGCUGAGAGGACAUUAGAUGCACCGGAGCUAGUGGAUGACUACUAUUUGAAUCUGUUAGAUUGGGGAAGCGGCAAUGUGUUGUCAAUCGCCCUGGGGAACACAGUAUACUUGUGGAAUGCAACCGAUGGUUCGACCUCUGAACUUACAACAGUAGAAGAAGACUAUGGCCCUGUGACCAGUGUUAGUUGGGCUCCUGAUGGUCGGCAUAUUGCGAUUGGGUUGAACUCCUCUGAUGUGCAGCUCUGGGACUCAAGCUCCAAUCGCCUGUUAAGAACUUUGAGGGGUGUUCAUCAAUCUCGUGUCGGAUCUCUAGCUUGGAACAACAAUCUUCUAACCACAGGUGGAAUGGACGGCAUGAUUGUCAACAAUGAUGUGAGAGUAAGGUCUCACAUUGUUCAGACCUAUCGAGGACACCAGCAAGAAGUCUGCGGACUGAAGUGGUCAGGCACGGGCCAGCAACUGGCUAGUGGAGGCAAUGACAACCUUCUUCACAUAUGGGACCUUUCAAUGGCAUCCUCAUCAAACUCAGCUCCAAACCAAAACCAAUGGCUUCAUAGGUUUGACGACCACAUGGCAGCUGUGAAGGCCGUUGCUUGGUGCCCCUUCCAGAGCAACUUGCUUGCAUCUGGUGGCGGAGGGAGUGAUCGAUGCAUCAAGUUCUGGAACACCCACACAGGUGCUUGCCUGAAUUCAGUGGACACUGGCUCUCAAGUAUGCUCCUUACUCUGGAACAAGAACGAGAGGGAGUUGCUGAGCUCUCAUGGAUUCACACAGAACCAACUGACUCUAUGGAAGUAUCCUUCAAUGGUUAAAAUUGCAGAGCUAACUGGCCACACUUCUCGCGUUCUUUUCAUGGCUCAGAGCCCGGAUGGUUGCACUGUUGCAUCUGCAGCUGGGGAUGAAACACUCAGAUUCUGGAAUGUAUUUGGGUCUCCUGAAGCAACCAAACCAGCAGCUGCCAAGACAGCACAUACUGGUCCUUUCUCCAGUUUCAACCACAUUAGGUGAUGAGUUCAAACAGUUGUUAAUAAGAAGAGUUAUAUGUUCCUCUUCAAUGCAUGUGAAGGAAAUUGAUGACAAAAUCCUCAUCAACAAUGUUGUUAAGCUGUUCUAUUUUUUGACGGCCCAAUUUUAUUGUGAUUGGAUCAAAUCUUUUCUUUUCUAGAGUGGGCCCACUGAGAAUGAAUUCCCUGAUUAGUAGCUUAAUCAGCCUUGCUUUUUUGGAAAUUUCUCUCAAUCAGCGGAUAACUUAUUUGGAGAUUGGAGAGUCAAAUGCUGUAUUUUGUAAAGCUGCCUUAUAUUAUUAUUAAGGAAUAAUUAUAUUGGCCCGUGGUUUUUUUUACCCUUUGAUUUUAAAGGGUUUUUCCACGUAAAAAAUAUGCUGCCUUAUUCUU